GUGUCAGUACGGAAAAAUAAAAAUAGUAACGUCAGAUAGAAUUUCUUUUCCUAAAAUUUUACAUCUUUUCAAUAAAAUAUAUAGAAACAGAAAUGAAGAUAUUUGUGUAAUGUGGAUACAAAAUAGAUAAAGUGUUAAUUUCUUUAAACACAACAUGUUCUUCAGAAACAUUUGGUCUGCUGCCGAAAUAACGAGUAAUUGCAGAGCAUUACUGCUACAACAGAGCCGUAAUCCUGUCGGCUAUGGUCGGAUUCAAACUCGCAAUGCUUUCAACUCUUCACGUCGCGGUGGACGACCUAUUACCGAACCUGACCCAUUGGAAAGUAUUCAAAUAGAAUCAGGACCUCUCCAAAUAAAAGGACUACUAAGACCAUUUGUGUUUACAAUAGGGGUAUCUGCAGCAAGUGUACUUGGCUGUGUUAUUUGGGAAUAUGAGACUCUCCGUGCACACUCAACCACUCUACUCAGGAGACCAGGCUCCUGGCUGAAUGCUCAACAGAAAAAAAUUUUGGCACAGUUUCAGAAACCAGAGCCUGGUCCUGUCCAGAAAUGGUGGCGAUCACUAAAGGAAAGUGAAAAGGUGUUCUACCCGAUACUUGCAGCUAAUGUCCUCGUGUUCGGUGCGUGGCGAGUGCGAGCCCUUCAGCCUUACAUGGUCAAGUACUUCUGCUCUAAUCCAUCAGGCAGUAAGAAUAAUUGUGCAAUUUGUCUACCAAUGAUCCUGUCCACAUUCAGUCAUUAUUCGCCUCUUCAUUUAAUGGCUAACAUGUAUGUCCUCUACAGUUUUAUGCCAGCCGCUGUGGCCUCAUUAGGCAGUGAACAGUUCGUCGCCAUGUAUUUGAGUGCUGGUGUUAUCAGCAGUUUUGCCAGCUUCCUCUACAAGGUGGUCGCCAAUCAGCCUGGCCUUAGUCUCGGAGCAUCGGGAGCAAUCAUGUCAGUGCUGUCGUAUGUGUGCGUGCAGUAUCCUGACACCAGGCUGAGCAUCAUCUUUUUGCCAAUGUAUACUUUUGCAGCUGGAACGGCAAUAAAAGCAAUAAUGUGUAUGGACUUGACUGGAGUCCUUCUCGGCUGGAAAUUCUUUGAUCAUGCUGCUCAUCUUGGGGGUGCUUUAUUUGGAAUAGCCUGGUGCCAUUGGGGUAGUACACAUAUAUGGGGCAAGAGAGACAAAUUCCUGCAGUAUUAUCAUGCAAUGAGAAGAAAUGAUACAGGCAGAUAGUAAAGGGCGAUGUUAGUCAAUGCUACAAUUGUAAAGACAAAAUUAUUGUAUCACCAAGUCAUGUAAUUUCUAAAAACCGUUUGUUUUAAUAAAUCUAGCAAUAGACAAGAAAAUGUCAAAGUAAUUGUGAUAUUGUAAUGUUUAGUUAAUCACAUUGCUAAAUCUAUUACAAAAUGGCGGUUUUUAUUUUACUGUUACAAUCAGGUGAUGAAGGCAAUGGAUAAUAACAUAUUAUGUUUGUAAAAUAGAAUGUGAGACCAAGAAAUUAAUAUAACUAUUUCAUUUUGA